AUGAUGUCAUUUUAUCCCGAAGAAGACCGACAGAACCGCUACUCCAACCUGGUAUCGGUACCCUCUUACUCGCCCACCUUUGGCAACUCGUCGCUGUACCAGCAGCAGCAGCAGCAUCAGCAUCAGCAGCAGCAGCAGGUCCAGCAGCGAUCGGUGACGCCCCGAAACCAAUACUCGGCCGGCGCAUACUCGUCCAUGGGCUCGGCGUCGUCUAUGGGCUCGGCGUCAUCCUUCUACCACUACAACAGCCCAACCUCCAUGCACGCACGGUUCAACGCUUCUAGAGGCUUCGAGGCGGAGGACGACAUGGAGUUCUGCCCCGCGCUAUCCCCAAGUCACAUGGGCUAUGUGUCCUCAUCGUCUUCGGACUCCAACUCCCCCUCCCAGCUGCCAUCCCAGCUGUACAAUGAAACCACACCAGACACCCCUUUCUCGCCCGAGCUGGCCCACACGGGCUCGCCCAAGGUGACUGCUCGAGUGAGAAAGGCCAUCCAGAUUGUCGAUCCAUCCACUGGCCUGCGAGUCUCGUCUCCUACCAUGAAAUAG